CUGAUUAAACUAAUAAUUCUCUUAUCGUUUCAGUUUUUUAACUCUUCAUGCCUGUGCCAAUUGCUUCAACUCAAUUAUUCAAUAUUAGAUCGAACAAUCGACUAUAAGAGCGAUGGUAGUCGGUGCGCGAAGGAACACUGUCUUCUUUCCUGCUACCUUUCUAUCUCUGUUUGUAACAUCAUUGCUUCUGACUAAUGGUGAAGCUUUUGGUUAUCCAUCAAUUGUGAAGCCUCCAGCCUCUUGGACUAACGUCGUCUCAACUGACUUUAGCUAUUGGGAAUCAGCAGGGGUGAGACCUAUCUUGGUCAAUGGUAAUUUUGUUUGUGGCUUCCACUGCAAAUUUGAAGGAACCGCCUGCCUCUUUGCGAUAUCCAUCUUCCCAUCCAGUUUUGGUGGCAACUCCAGCUUUUCUCCACAAAUGGUAUGGCCUGCUAAUCGAAAUAAUCCGAUUGGACUUUGGGCAAAAUUGGAACUUUCUCAAGAAGGGGAUUUAACAUUGCAAGAUGCUGAUAGCACUCCGGUUUGGUCAACAAAAAUGGCAGAUAAAUCUGUUUUGGGAUUGAAGUUAACCCAUGAGGGUAACCUUGUGCUGUUUGAUAGAAACGGUGAAACGGUUUGGCAGUCUUUUGAUCAUCCGACAGACUCUUUGGUUAUUGGGCAGAGGCUAGUUUCUGGACAAAAAUUAGUGGCAAGUAUUUCAGCCACAAAUUGGAGUGAGGGUUUAUAUUCGUUUUCAAUUGAUGAUGAUGGUUUUGUAGCUUCUGCGGAGUCAGAUGUUACCAUAGCCUAUUACCGAUUCUUUAUGUAUCCAACAAGAAGCCAAACGGGGCAGUUUUAUGCUGAGCUCACGAAAAUAAGUUUUGGUCUCAUUUUUCCAGGAUCCGGAGUAAGUUUCAUACAGUUAGGCUGUGAUGGGCACUUGAGGUCCUUCGGGUGGGUAGAAUCAAACUGGAAGGGAGUCAAGGAUUUCAUUGGGGAUCAACUCAAUCGAUGUGAUUACCCACUGGCCUGCGGAAGAUAUGGAAUUUGUCUAGAAGAAGGAUGUAGUUGCCCAGAACCGGUUGAAAAAAAUGGACCUAUGUAUUUCAAGCAGAUAAAUCCUUCACAGUCAAAUCUUGGGUGUUAUCCAGAUAAUCCAAUAUCUUGUGAGUCUCCUCAAUGGCAGAGGCUUCUUGAGCUGAAGGAUAUAGAUAACCCUGGUCUGUCAAUUUUGAACUCUCUUGCUAAUAUCCCAACAGACGUGCAGAGUUCUCUAAUUCCACAAGCGAAUCAUUUGUCACCGGCUCAAAUUCCACGAAGAAAGAAAAGACAGAAUGUAGGAGUUGUAGUUGGAUCCACUCUUGGAGUCACUUUUAGUGUGCUUCUUAUCUGCACCUUUUUUUCACUUCAAAUUAAUAACAAUGCAAAGGAUGUUGAGGAGGAUUAUCUGGGCCACAUAUCAGGAGCGCCCAUGAGAUUCUCUUACGAAGAGUUACGGGUUGCAACCAACAACUUUAGCAACAAGCUCGGAGAAGGAGGGUUCGGUUCUGUUUUUCAAGGAACAUUACCUUCUGGUGUUCAAAUUGCAGUGAAAUGCCUCGAUGGUUUUGGUCCUGCAAAGAAGUCAUUUAUAGCUGAGGUUGAGACCAUAGGAAGCAUUCACCAUUUCAAUUUAGUACGACUAGUUGGGUUUUGUGCUGAGAAAUUGCGUAUGCUUUUGGUUUAUGAGUACAUGUGUAACGGAUCGUUGGAUCAAUGGAUCUUCUGCAGAGACAAAGCGCUUGUUCUUGGUUGGCAAUGUAGAAGGAAGAGCAUUCUAGACAUAGCCAAGGGACUAGCAUAUCUCCACGAAGGAUGCAGGCAGAAAAUAAUUCACCUGGAUAUCAAACCCCAAAACAUCCUCUUGGAUGAAAAUUUCAAUGCCAAGGUUUCUGAUUUCGGGUUGUCUAAGCUACUAGGGAGAGAGCAAAGCCAAAUUGUGACAACAAUGAGGGGAACACCGGGUUAUAUGGCCCCAGAAUGGUUGAACUCGGUAAUCACCGAAAAAGUAGAUGCAUACAGCUUUGGCAUUGUUGUUUUGGAAAUUUUAUGUGGCAGAAAAAAUGUUGAUCGAUCCUUGCCAGAAGAGGAUACCCAUUUGGUAAGCCUUUUUAAGAGAAAGGUUGAGGAUGGUCAAUUUCUAGAUCUAGUGGAUAAGUGCAAUGAGGAGAUGCAAUCAAAUGCAGCUGAGGUUGCGGAGAUGAUGAAAGUUGCGGCAUGGUGUUUGCAAGGUGAAUAUGCUCGCAGGCCUUCCAUGUCCAUCGUGGUGAAGUUCCUAGAGGGAAAAAUGGAUGAUGAAAACGCAUAUGAUUUCUCAAAUCCACCGGUACCAGCUGAAGUGAAAACUCUCGGACACCAAAUGGAUGCAACUGCAGUUUCUGCUUCUCCAUUGAUUCCAUCUAUUUUAUCUGGUCCAAGGUGAUGAUAUGGGGGAAGAGAAGACAUAAGGCACGUGCUGCAAUGUGUUAACACCAUCAGUUUCAUUUCUUACUUCCAACUGCUGAGUAAUUGAGAAAGGCUUGACCACCUACUGAGCAAGUCCAGGAGUAGAGGCUGACGCUGAAAGAAUGGUCGAUAGAUAAGCAAAGUCCUUUCUCUGUGUGUGCGGUCAUUUUCCUUUUCUUUUUCCUUUUUUUUUUUUUGUCCAUUACAAAUUUGUCACUUUUGUUUUAAUGUAAUAUUAUUAGUUACUUCAACUUCAAACUUGUGUUGUACCUCCAAUAUUUAAUUUUGAG